CUUCCAGUCUUCCACUACACGUCUUCCCACUUUCACCCCAUCCCAUUCCCCCCCACCACAACCUCCCCAAAUUUCAUCAUUAGCCAUGUCUUCUUGUCUCCAUCCUUCCGCUCUCUUUCCACCGCCCCUCCUCCCCUUCUUCCCUCUCCCUCAUUCCCGCUUUCUCAUUUCUGCUUUCAUACUACCCAUUAAGAAGCUACCGGUCAAACAAACGAAGCCCCAGAGAAUUCGUGAAAAUCGAGAUUCUUUUCCUGAGCUUUCGGAAAAGACACAGUCUUGGCUGAUGUGGGGUUCCUGGAAGAAUGAGAGGAUCUUUGUUUAUUUCUUUUUGUUGUAAUUAAUCCGGUGAUUCCGAUGUGAAUUUGGGUCUUGACUCUCUGGGGAAGGCUUCUAUUGGACCUGUAGCUCCUUCUAAGUGUUAGGUGGGCUGUUUUGUCUACGAAUUUGAAUUUUAGGUCACAGAGAUUGUCAUUGCGAGGACGAGAGGAGGGAGCUCUGUUACUUUUUAUAUCAUGAAAUAGGAAAAAAAAGUGGUUGGAUCACCUAUGGCGCCUCUUGGGAAGGCUACUUCCUUCUACCGUCAGGGGAAUGCCUGGUUUUGCAAUGCAAGUUUGCCAAGUGAUGUUUCUUUGGUCGUAGAUGGAGUGGAAUUCCACCUUCAUAAGUUUCCCCUUAUAUCAAAAUGUGGAAGGAUAUUAAAAGCACUUGAAGAUGUUCAAGGCACCCAUGUACAUACUUCUACAACAAGACUAGAAGAAUUUCCCGGUGGUCCUGACAUAUUCCUGGUUAUUGUUAAAUUCUGUUAUGGUAAUCGGCUGGAAUUUUCUCCAAGAAACAUAGUGUUGGUUUAUUGUGCAGCCGACUACCUAGAAAUGACCGAUGAGUAUGGAGAAGGUAAUUUACUCUCCCAGUCAGACGAUUACUUCCACGAGAACAUACUAACAAACUGGAAAGAUUGCAUUUUGGCACUCCAAACUUGUAACUCUAUGAUUCCAAGAGCCACCAAACUUCAAAUCAUCAGCAAAUGUUUAAAUGCCCUUUCUGUUAUGGUCUGUACUGACCCAAGUUUGUUUGGAUGGCCCAUGAGGAUGUAUGGAAGCUUACAAAGCCCGGGAGGUAGCAUAUUGUGGAAUGGCAUAAACACCGGUGCAAGAAUCCAUACCAAAUCAUCUGAUUGGUGGUUUGAGGACAUCUCUUAUCUCAGUGUACCCUUAUUUGAGCAACUAAUUAGGACAAUGGAAAUCAAAGGUAUAAAACCAGAACACAUAGCUGGUGCCAUAAUGUACUAUUGCAGGAAGUACCUUCCCGGGCUGGGCCGAUGGCAGAAUGGUAAAUCCGGGACAACAACUAGAACCGUUGCGAGUUUCAGUAUGAUACCUGUUGCAGAUGUUGAUCAGAAGGGUCUUAUAGAAACCAUGGUGAAACUUUUACCUGAAAGGAAAGGGAAAUCAUUUUGCCGUUUCUUGUUGGGACUUUUACGUAUUGCCUUGAUCUUGGGUAUUAACCAUUCUUGCCAAGAAACUCUGGAGAGGAGAAUAGGAAUUCAAUUAGACCUGGCAACAUUAGAUAGUCUGUUAAUACCUUCAUACUCAGAUUCUGAUACAUUGUAUAAUACCAAAUCUGUUGAACGGAUGAUUUGCCACUUCAUUUCUCUCAUGCCAAUGUUCUCUCCGUCUUCUUUUGAUUCGGGAACGCAAACAUCUUCUGAGCCUUUGUGUAGGGUUGCAAAGUUGAUUGACAAUUACAUUGCAGAGGUUGCUUCUGAUUUGAACUUGAAGCCAGAAAGAAUGCGUGCAUUGGGAGAAGCCUUGCCAGACUCUUCGAGGCCUCUUCAUGAUGGACUGUACAGAGCUUUGGAUAUAUACUUCAAGGCUCAUCCUUGGCUCUCAGAGAAAGAAAGGGAACAACUUUGCAAUGUGAUAAACUUCCGUAAACUUUCAAUCGAUGCUUGUGCACAUGCAUCCCAAAACGAAAGGCUGCCACUCCGAAUAAUUCUCCAAGUUCUAUUCUUCGAGCAGCUACAGCUAAGAACAGCCUUAGCUGGCUGCCUCCAUGUCCUAGACUCAGAUACUGCUAAUGCCGGUGGUCCUACUGGUAGGGCCAGUGACAUUGCAAUGAGCAUUGUACAGAGAGAUGGGUGGGUUUCAAUGGUGAGGGAAAAUGAAGUUCUAAAGGUGGAUUUGGAGAGGAUGAGGUGUAGAGUUGGAGAAUUGGAGGAUGAGUUUAGUAAGAUGAAGCGCGAGUUGAGUAAGGUGUCUAAGUCACACAGCCAGCUUGGUUCCCCUGGAUUCCUUGCCCGGAAGAUCGGGUGCAAACUGGGUCUGCCUCGGUCAUCCGGUGCUCGACCGGAUGUGAUUGAAAGUGCGGGGCCCACCCCGAGGGCAUCGGUUGAGGUUCCGAGGUCUUCUCGCCCACGGAAGAGCUUCUCCUUGUUUGGCAGUAUCAUUUGAAAGUUAUAGAUGUGAGCCUCUUGGUUGAACUUGAGAAAGUUAUAGAGUUUGGUUUGGUUGAAACGACCCACUAGUACGGGGAUUCCGUGGGUGCCCGACCGUUAGAUUGAGCAACUGGGCGCUGUGAUCUAAUGGUCUUUGCGGGCUACCCGAGUGGUUUGUAACAUCAAAUUGAUUUUUUUUUAAAAUUUAUAAUUUAUGGUAUACAUACAUGUACAGAACUACAGAAGAAUGUUCUUUGUAUUGUUGUUAAUUGGUACCCUG